CAACCUGCGCGAGAUGAGAUGGGAGCGUUAUUUUUGCUAUUUAAACGGGGAGGGGAUUGGGGGGAAGAAGGUCGCCAGCCCUUGCAAAUCAUCGAAUAUCCCCCCCCAACAAGAAGAAACACGGAGAUAGGGUUUAAGGGCUAAGUUGGAACGAGUCCUCUCUGUUUUUGGUAGUUACAAAGCUUAUGAAACACUUGCUGCGUGACGUUUUGAGAGUUUGAUUCCUUUCCCUUUCCGCCGAUAUCUUUCCUUCCUGCUUACGCUCUUUAUUCAUCCUUUUCUCUGUUCCGGAGCUUAUCUUCUUGAGUUCUCAUCCUCUUGAGAGUUGCCACUGCAAAACGAAGAAGAGAUUUGGGUUUCUCUUAGCUUUCACAUAAAUUUCAUUAUGGUCGCUUUGGUUUCUCGCACCGGCCGGCAUUUGCAGCGUUACAGAAACGGCCACCGCCAAGUCGUCGGAUGUAUUCCAUACAGAUACAAAGUAAAAGGUCAAGCAUCCAAGGAGGAGGAAAAGAAAUUAGAAGUUCUUAUGAUUAGUUCGCAGAAACAAGGGAAAAAGGGGAUGAUGUUUCCAAAGGGAGGUUGGGAAACUGACGAAUCCAUAAAGCAAGCAGCUGAACGAGAAACGGAGGAGGAAGCUGGAGUGUUGGGCAUCGUCGAGCAGCAGUUGGGUAAAUGGCAUUUCAAGAGCAGAAGCCAAGACUCUUACUAUGAAGGGUACAUGUUCCCUUUACUUGUUGUGAAGGAACGUGAUUCUUGGCCAGAGAAACAUUUGCGCCAAAGAAAAUGGAUGAGCGUGAGAGCGGCAAAAGAGGCUUGCCAGCAUUGGUGGAUGAAGGAAGCCUUGGAUGAGUUGGUAGGGCGGCUGGCAAAGCAGAACAAAGAGGCAGAAGUUGUAACUCUUCCUUGUCCUCGAAGCUUGCGAUGCCAAUCCAACUUGUAAAUAGGACACUGCCAUGGGGUUGGAGUUAAAAUUGUAGAGCCAGAAGUGGAGGGAGAUAGCCAGCUAGGAUUGGAGAAAGAAGUGGAGGAGGAACGGCGGCUGUCCGGUCAGCCAGUAGGGUAGAGCCAUGGAGAAGACUUGUUCAAUGGGUUGCUGAGAUUGCAUUUGCUUGAAAACCAUCCAGACCUCUUUUCCAGUGUUGUUGAAAUAUUCCUCCUAAUUUUGAUGGCUGUCUGUGAUCCAUUUGCUGCUGCCUGCUUCAAACUAAAAUGUUCCUCGCAUGUAGAAAUGAUCCUGAAUAAUAGAAUUUUCUAUCAUGAAAUGUCUUAA